AGCCAUUGAUACUAUCUCGAGCGUCUCCGUGUCUACCAUUUCUCUCGUACAGUAGUGGUCGGGGGUUGCUCUCACUCACUGUUUGUAGGUUCAGAGUCUCCGCCGUUCAAUCGUCCCCAAUGGCGGAACGAGUAAUUUCAUCUCCUAAACCCGCGGCCAAAAUAAUCGAUUCGCAUUUGCAUGUAUGGGCAUCUCCCGAUGAGGCUGUCGAUUAUCCCUUUUCUCCUGGCCAAGUCCCCACUUUACCUGGCCACUCUGAUUUGCUGCUUGAGCGCAUGAGAGAGGCAAAUGUGGAUGGUGCACUAAUUGUUCAGCCAAUUAAUCACAUGUUUGAUCACAGAUAUGUUACAAGUGUUCUGAAGAAACAUCCGUCUAAGUUUGUGGGUUGUUGUCUGGGAAAUCCUGCAGAAGAUGGUAUUGGUAUUAGACAGCUUGAGGAACUGGUCUUGAAGGAUGGUUAUCGUGCUGUUCGCUUCAAUCCAUAUUUAUGGCCGUCUGGACAAAAGAUGACAAAUCAAAUUGGGAAGGCCAUGUUCUGCAAAGCUGGAGAGCUUGGAAUUCCUGUUGGUUUUAUGUGCAUGAAGGGUCUUAAUUUGCAUAUAGCAGAUAUUGAGAUCUUCUGCUCAGAAUAUCCUUCCACUACCGUAUUGCUAGAUCACUUGGCUUUUUGCAAACCACCAAUAAAUGAUGAAGAAAAACAGAAUUUUGAAGACCUUUUGAACUUAUCCAGGUUUCCUCAGGUUUACAUAAAGUUGAGUGCACUAUUCAGGGUUUCAAGAGAUCCAUAUCCAUAUAAUGAUAUAACUCAAACUCUUUCUCAAAUAGUUACCCGUUUCGGUGCAGACCAUGUUAUGUGGGGCAGUGAUUUCCCUUUUAUUGAAGCUGAAUGUGGAUAUAAAAAGGCUAAAGAUGCAGUUGUGGAAAUUGCUAGCAAAUUGCAUUUGUCAUCUUCAGAGAUGGAGUGGAUUAUGGGUAAAACAGCUUUGCAACUUUUUUCAGGCAAUUGGUCAUCUUAAUAUAAAACACUCCAUUUGGCUGGAACUUCUUUUCUUUUACCUUCAGAUAACUAACUAUAUAUUUAUUGUAUGUAGAAAGGGUGAAUUUCUCAAACCCUUUUAAGUGGUUUCAAACCCGGAAAAUAAAAUUGUUUACAGUAGAAAAUACCAAA